AUGGCAUCUUCCUCCACUCACCCCUCGUUCCCACCCCGCUCCUCCUAUGCAGCCGGCAAACUCCCCGAUCGUUCGGGGUUAAAUCCAACCCCUCUACCUUUUGGGUCCUCAGCAGCAUUAUCACGAAGAGAUAGAGCCGGUGACUACGGUGGUGAAGGGUCUGGUGGCGGCCCAGCUAUGGGUCUGGGAAAGGCGUCGACGCAUGGAUCAGUGAUGGUACAAGGGCACGGCGCACAGCAACAUGGUUUGCAGUCACAUCAAGGGAAUCCGACGGGAGGGCUGAGCGGUGCUGCCAGCGGAGGGAACAACAAUCCUCUAAGUGACCUAUCAGAGGAGCAGAGAGAAGAAAUCAACGAAGCUUUCACUCUCUUUGAUCUCGACCGCGACCGCCACCUGGACUACCACGAACUCCGCGUCGCCCUGCGCGCCUUGGGCUUCACCCUUUCCAAACCCGACCUCAUCUCCCUCCUCACAACCUACGGCGUCCCACGACCCACCGCCGCCCCCGGUGGCACAAAUCAGGCCAAUCAAUCCCAGCAAUCGUCCCGCCAGCCCCAGCCUUCACAACAACCUCCACCUCACCCAUCUUCCCUGCUCAUGCCACUCUCCUCCUUCCAGACCAUCACAGCUCGCAAGAUCCUCGAACGAGAUCCGCGUGAAGAAAUACUCCGCGCUUUCGAGCUUUUUGACGAAGGCGGGAAAGGAUAUAUCGAUCUGGAGGAUUUGAGGAGAGUGGCCAGGGAGCUGGGAGAGACGGGGCUUGAAGAGGAGGAAUUGAGGGCGAUGAUUGAGGAGUUUGAUCUAGAAGGCGUGGGCGGGGUGACAAGGGAAGGAUUUGUAGGUAUUUGUCUGCAGUGA